CUCUCUGUGUCCCUCCCUCAGACACCCCCACAUCGCCCCUCUCUCCCUCCGUCUCUCUAAAGACGAACAUCUCGUCGCCUCUCUCUUCUUGACACACGGCAAACAUGUCCGCAAACGGCGCCGACGGGGACCUGCUGCAGAUCCCUCUGGGGCUCAUCAACAGCGAGGGCAAGUAUCUGACGGCGGAGACCUUCGGCUUUAAAAUCAACGCGUCGGCCAGCAGCCUGAAGAAGAAGCAGACCUGGACCCUGGAGCAGACCGGGGAGGACGGCAGCGCCGUGUUCCUGCGCUCCCACCUGGGCCGCUACCUCGCCACGGACAAAGACGGCAACGUCACCGCGGACAGCGAGACGCGCGGCGCUUGCCGCGACUGCCGCUUCGUGGUCACCGCGCACGAGGACGGGCGGUGGUCUCUGCAGUCCGAGCCCCACGGCCGCUACCUCAGCGGCAGCGAGGACCGCAUCACCUGCUUCGCGCAGGCUGCCACGCCGGCGGAGCGGUGGAGCGUGCACCUGGCCGUGCACCCGCAGGUCAACCUGUACAGCCUGGCGCGCAAGCGCUUCGCCCACCUGAGCGCGCGCGGGGAGCGGCACGAGGUGUCGAUAGACCGCGAUGUCCCCUGGGGGGUGGACUCUCUCGUGACGCUGGUCUACCGGGACCAGCGCUACCACCUCGAGACUUCUGACAACCGCUUCCUCCGCAACGACGGCAGCCUGUCCACGAACACGGACAAGGACACCGGCUACGUGCUGGAGUUCCGCUCCGGGAAAGUGGCUUUCCGCGACUGCAACGGCCGCUACCUGGCGCCCGGGGGCCCGACCGGCACCAUGAAGUCUGGGAAAGGCACCCGGGCCGGGAAGGACGAACUGUUUGGCCUGGAGCGGAGCCACGCGCAGGUCGUGCUGACUGCAGGCAACGAGAGGAACGUCUCCACGAGGCAAGGCAUGGACCUGUCGGCCAAUCAGGACGAGGAAGGGGACCAGGAAGUCUUCCAGCUGGAAAUGAGCCGUGAGGACAGGAAGUGUGCCUUCAGAACCGCUUCUGGGAAAUACUGGACUCUGACAGCGAGUGGGGGACUGCAGUGCACCGCCUCCAACAAGUCGGCUAACAGCUUCUUUGAACUGGAGUGGCGUGACGGUCGUGUGUGUGUGCGUGCAGCCAACAACAAAUAUGUGAUCGCUAAGAGGAACGGACAGCUAGCCGCUACUGUUGACAGCGCAGGGGAGGCCGAACAGUUCCUGAUGAAGCUGAUCAACCGUCCAAUCAUCGUGCUUCGUGGGGAGCACGGCUUCAUCGGCGCUCGUAAAGCGGGAAUGGCGACUCUGGACUCCAACCGAGCGUCCUACGAUGUUUUCCAGCUGGAGUUCCACAACGGAGCCUACUCCCUGAAAGACUCCCAGGGGAAGUACUGGUGUGUCGGAGACGACUCGGCGGUGGGCUGCAGCAGCGCCACGCCUGUCCAGUUCCUGUUUGAGUUCUGUGACCUCAACAAGAUGGCCAUCCGUGCUCUGGGGGGGAAGUACCUCAAAGGGGACCAUGCUGGAGGGCUGAAGGCCAGCGUCGACUCGCUGGACAGCGCCACCCGCUGGGAAUACUGAGCGAGAGAGAGAGAGAGAAAGAGCACAGCCCCACUUCUCCACUAUGCUUCAAACUAUUCAUUGAUGGCUGUUUUUUUGCAUAUGUGUGUGUGUGUGUGUGUGUCUAUUUGUCAAUUUGUCUGGAUGGAUGUGUGGUGGAAAUUGAAGCUGAUAAACUGGAAGUCAUGGCACUUUUUUUCUUUCUCAAUCAGUAUCUCGUCUCCCUGGGAUUUUUUUUUUUUCUUACUGGAGAUUUGGAUGUACGAUGACUUGUCGUGUUAAUGAACGAAUAAUGGUGUGAUUAUUUGUUCCACUUCCAGUCACAUUAGCACAAACCUGACGACAAACGUCGGGGCGAUUGCUGUUAUUCGUUGUGUGCCUACGCGUGGUUAACGACUGGUGUAAGCCAACAUAUAGAAUGCUAUAACUCAUAAUAUUUAGCCUUCGCCUGGUAAAUGUCUUGCUGGCUCUAUUGCGCUGCUUUCAUCUCUCUUUUUUCAAACUAUCAAGCACAACACUCAUCCGAUAGAUGGAUGUUAAAUUUACAUGUUUCUGCUGUAAAUAAAAGCCGUCUUUGUCGUCGAAUGCUUAAAAAACAAAAAACAAAAAAACGUAGUAACCAUGGAAACUGAGGGCAAAAAAGGUGUGUUGAGGGUGUAAAGAAAUAAAAGGGGAGGUGGCUGGCAGAUCUAACAUGUUCUUUGCCUGUAUGCUACUUGCUGCACCUCCUCAGAUUUCCUUUUAUGUAAACAGAUGCAUCUACAGGAAGUAGUAGUAAGGGUUCCCUUAAAGACUGUCGUCCACUCCUGAUUAGUGUACGGUUUUAGAUUACACUGAAGGAGGUGACGAAUAAAAGGAGCUGUUUUGAUUCACCCUUCGAGAAGGCUUCUGAGUGAGAAUGAUCAUCCGUGUAAUGGCCGAGUCACCACACUCUCAAAUGCACAUACACAUACGCAGUCAUGGAUGCAUUAACUCCUCCUGUGGCUCAAAGUCUGCACAGUAAUGUCCCACUCGCGAGGAGUGAGAAGCACACGUUUGUCCUAGGUUGGGUGAUGCUGUUGGUGUGUGAACGCAAUGAAAGAGUCUCACCGGCUGUAACUAUGGCCGUGCCUUCCAUAGAGCACUUCAGUCUUUUUCAUGUUCUUACAUUUGAA